UGUCUUCUGAAGCAAGUCUGUUUGUAUUUUAGGUUUGCCAGGACUAAUGAAUUAAAACGUUUGGACUCUCCAAGCUUGCUGUUUAUCAAUGCCUCUGACAGGAGGAGGGUUUUCUUUUGCUCUUGCUUUUUCUAGAAACAUGACAACAUCCUGGCUGCUGGAGAGGCAACGAGUGGCCGAGGCAGCGGCUGGCCCUGGAUUACACAAGUGCAGACACUCCACUAAGUGAGCUGGAAGACCCAGGAGAAGGCCGGGCCUCAGGCGCCCACAUGAUCAGCACAGCAAGGGUACCUGCGGAUAAGCCAGUGCGCAUCGCCUUUAGCCUCAAUGAAGCCUCAGAUGAUACAACUUCUGAAGACUCCAUUCCUUUGGUCUUUCCAGAAUUAGACCAGCAACUACAGCCCCUGCCACCUUGUCACGGCUCUGCAGAAUCCAUGCAGGUGUACAGACAGCACUGCCAAAUAGCAGAAGAGUACCAUGAGGUCAAAAAGGAGAUCGCUUUGCUUGAGGAAAGGAAAAAGGAGCUCAUUGCCAAGCUGGACCAGGCAGAAAAGGAGAAAGUGGAUGCUGCCCAGCUGGUUCAGGAAUUCGAGGCUCUGACAGAGGAGAAUCGGACCCUGAAGUUGGCCCAGUCACAAUGUGUGGAGCAACUGGAAAAACUUAGAAUACAGUAUCAGAAGAGGCAGGGGUCAUCCUAACUUGAAAUUAUUAAAUAUGAGCAUAAGAGGUUGGUGACUGCUGUGCUGUGCACUGGCCAAAAGUCUUUUAUUGUGAAGGGAUAGCAAACCAAAUCCAUUGCUUCUCUUUAUUACCCACAUGGCAAAUGUCUAGAAUGAGAGUUUAAUGCUUUUCAGCUUUUAGCUUGAGAGAGGGGAUAUUUUAUAUUAAGUGAUCUCAUUAGUGCAAAGCUAUUACCAGUAUAUAUUUUCAGAGAUCAGAAUUCUUUUUCAAAGAUAUAUGUAUAUAUCUAUAUCUAUAUCUAUCUAUCUAUCUAUCUAUCUAUCUAUAUCUAUCUAUCUAUCUAUCUAUAUACAUAUAUAUAUUCUUAUUUAGGAGGAUGUGAUCAUAUUGUACAUCAGGAUGGGAAAUAAUAAAAAUAGAAUAUUGACUGACCCUGCUAGAAAUCAUAAGCCAUGAAACAAACCAGUAAAAUGCUCAUUGUCGUUCCACGUCUGUGCAUUUUUAAAUUUCAUGCUUUUAAUAUUUCAGAUCUGCUCAAAUAUCAAUCCUUCGAAAUGGCUCCACGUAUAUUUAUGUUCACCAAUCAGAUGCAAUCCCUCACGGAUAGGUUUCCUCAGAAUAAAUGGUCACGUGCAUAUCCAUAAAGGUUUUCUCCUGAAAAUAUUAGCAGAAAUCAGGUCUGCGCCAAAAGCUCAUCUGCCUGUGCUGACUUGCUGUUGGGAUAAAGAAACAGAAAAGGCUUCAUUUUCUCCAUCUGCAUUCACUCCCUGGCAAUGUCUCUGCCUUUACUUGCAUGUGUUCUGGAGGGUUUGGGGGCAAUGGAAAAGUGUGGACCUUGCUUUGGUCAGUUCCCAUGAAAAUAUUAAUGAAGUUACAACUACUGCUUUUCUUUGGACUUAAAGAGGUAUUUUAGGUCUGUAAUGACUGAUAGGAAUAUAAAUUUCAAAUUAAAAUACUUUUUCUUUUAUUCUAGCAGUUACAUUUUCUCAAAUUGAUCUUUGUUUUAUGUCCAUUUCUAUUCAUGUAACUUUUUUUUCAUUAAACAUUGAUUAAGAACUGCUGAGUUGUAUUUUUCCCCUUUCUUAACCCCAUUUAUGUUGAAAGCUAGAUUGCUCAACCUGGUUAGAAUGGAUGUUCUGUUGUCUGUGCUUAAAAAACCCCAACAAAAACAUAGGAGUCAUUUUCCUUUGAAAGGCUGUGGUUUCCCAUAUGAAAAACUCAGAGCUCUAAUACUGAUUAUGAUUCAUUUAUGCCUUGAGAUAUUUUUUCAUGGAACAUAAAGAACAGAUCCUAAAAAUAAUAAGAUGGCCUUGGAUAGGUGAGUGAUUCUCACCCGGGAGUGAUUUUACCCCAGAGAUAUUUGGCAGUGGGUGAGAGGUACUACUGGCUACUGGGGGUGGAGACUAGGGGUGCUGCUAAAUGUCCUGUGGAGCACAGGGAGGUCUCCCCACAAAGUACUUUCUGGACCAACAUGUCAUUGGCUCUGAGAAUGCUGUCCCUGGGGAAGACUGGGCAGUCUGGGCAAUGCCCCAUGGAAGCACAUUCCAGGGCCAGAGGUUCUUGCUAUGCAGUGCAGACUCUAAGAGGCUUUUUACUACCUAAAUCCUCAGCUGCCUCAUUUGUAAAAUGAAGCUUUUCUACAGAUCCCAAAGAUGCAAUGUUAGGCUAUUCACCCUUAUGUUGCUUUCCUACUUGGCCAAAGGUGAAAGUAUCUGUGAUACCGGAAAAACUUUCCUUUUCAGUAACUCCAAGGCUUGCAAAUACUAAUACCCCCUACUAUUAUGGACUACUGGAUGAUAUUGGAUUAUUUUUUUGA